AUGAAACGUCCUCGCGCCGUCAGCACCGCCGCUCAACAUAUCAACCAGAAAUUGUACGAGCAUACUCGACAGGGUUCCUUUGUGUUAACCCUCGGCAGAAACCAUUCCAUCGGUAUCGGCACUGUUUCUGGUACUGCGAAGGCUAUUCGCGAGCGAUUCUCGGGCUCCGAGAUGGCGGUCUUUUUGAUCGAUGCACAUGCCGAUAUUAAUACCCCCGAGACUAGUCUAAGUGGACGGAUUCAUGGCAUGCCAGUUGCUUUUGUCUCUGGAUUAUUUAAACUAGUUGAGGUAACUGGUAGAGAGUAUGAAGCAUUUGGAUGGAUUGAAAAUGAGCAUAUGAUCAAUUUGAAGAGGUUUGUUUAUAUCGGGUUAAGGAAUGUCGAUGAGGCAGAGAAAGAGACGAUCGAGAAAUACGGGAUUAAGGCUUUGAAGUUUCCAGUUGCUCCAGGGCUGUCUCUUGAGGAAAGCAGAUAUAUUGCAAAGCGGCUCCAUCAGACAGAAAACUUGGUUGCGAUGGAUUUGGUCGAGAUCAGCCCGCAGGUAAAGUCAGAUAAGCUCUCUGUCACGGUGGAUUCUAGAUGUUCGGUUAUCAGUAAUGCUCUGGGCGUUUCGAAUGAUUCAAUGGAUAUAAUUAUCUCGGUUGUGUUCGAUAUCGGUUGA